GUCAAUGUCCCCUUCUCCUUUGUUGUUAAGCAACGGUUGAAACAUAGUGGAGGCAGUGUUUUCGAUCAAAGGGAGAGAGAGAGAGAGAGAGAGAGAGAGAGAGCACAGAACGGGGGUUAUGCUUUAAUUGAAAUUUCUAUUUUUUCUUUUAAUUCUUACUUUUGUCAUCUUUUUUCUUUUUUAUUUAUUUUCUUUGCUGUUUCCUUCACCUUUUGGAUUUCAAUUUCAAUUUAGAGAAGAAAAUCCAACUGUGGAAGAUACGAACCUACUUAUCAAUUAUCAUACCGCUAUGUUUUAUAUUUACUUCUCUUUAGUAAAAGAGCAUUUCAUGUUUUGAGGCGCUUUGCUUUAAUUAUGCUGCUCUGAAAUUACUGAGAGAGAGAGAGAGAGAGAGAGAGAGAGAGAGAGAGAGAGAGAGUUCCUGGUGGAGUGUCUCUCGCUCCUAAUUGAAGCUCCAAAGUUACUGUUACUUGUCCUAGGAUUCUUCUUCAAACCCAUUUCUCAUUAUUUUUUGGUUGGGGAGAGUUUCUUCUCUUGUAUAUGUGAGAGUUGCUCUGCAAAGUUUUGGGAUCUGGAUUUCUAGGGUUUGAGAGUUAUGAGCUUUUGACUUUUUCUCUCUCCAUCUUCGGCAUCACACUUUCCUUUUGUAUGAAGUUGGGUAUUGAAACCUAUUCCAGGAUUUCGAUCGUUGGGGAAAUCCAGGGUUGUGGUCUUCGUGGAAUUAGGGAGUUUUAGCUUAAUUUGUUACUGGUCGAUGGGCUGAACUUUACUUCUUGUCUGUGUUGUGUUCGUUCAACUGACUCAAUUCAAGCUUCCUGGUUCUCUCAUCUGAAAUUGAUUUUUGAGAGCAGUGGAAGGUAUCAUGCAUCUCUCACUAUGGAAGCCCAUUUCCCACUGUGCUUCUCUGCUCUUGGACAAGAAGAGCAGGAGGAAAGAUGAUGAUUCCGUGGUCGAGAUAAGGAGGAACCCAUCAAUGCUUCAGAAGCUGCAAGAGAACAAGCUUAGGGAAGCUCUUGAAGAAGCUUCUGAAGAUGGAUCACUCUUCAAAUCUCAAGACAUAGAGCCAGAGACUGUUGCCAACCAGGAUGAAAGCCUUGGGAGAUCCCGUUCCCUCGCCAGGCUGCACGCCCAGCGGGAGUUCCUUCGCGCCACUGCCCUUGCCACUGAUCGCACUUAUGAAUCCGAGGAGGAAAUUCCCUCCUUACAAGAAGCAUUUUCGAAGUUCCUCACUAUGUACCCCAAGUACUCAUCGUCAGAGAAAGUUGAUCAGUUGAGGUCUGAUGAGUAUUCACAUUUGGCACCUAAGGUGUGCCUUGAUUACUGUGGCUUUGGUCUCUUCUCUUUUGUUCAGACUAUUCACUACUGGGACUCUUCUACAUUUAGCUUGUCUGAGAUAACUGCAAAUUUGAGUAACCAUGCACUUUAUGGUGGUGCUGACAAAGGAACAGUUGAACAUGAUAUAAAGGUUAGAAUCAUGGAUUAUCUGAAUAUUCCUGAGAAUGAAUAUGGCCUUGUUUUUACUGUUAGUAGAGGGUCAGCUUUUAAAUUGCUGGCUGAAUCAUACCCUUUCCAUACAAACAAGAAAUUGUUGACCAUGUUCGACCAUGAGAGCCAGUCAGUUGCUUGGAUGGCUCAGUGUGCCAGGGAGAAAGGUGCCAAAGUAUGUAGUGCAUGGUUUAAGUGGCCAACCCUCAAACUAUGCUCUACCGAUUUGAGAAAACAGAUUUCUAGCAAAAAGAAGAGGAAGAAGGAUUCAGCUACCGGUCUGUUUGUGUUCCCAGUUCAGUCCAGAGUAACUGGUUCUAAGUAUUCGUACCAAUGGAUGGCCUUGGCACAGCAGAAUAACUGGCAUGUCUUGCUUGAUGCUGGAUCAUUGGGGCCUAAGGACAUGGAUUCACUUGGGUUGUCCCUAUUCCGGCCAGAUUUUAUAGUUACAUCAUUUUACAGGGUGUUUGGGUAUGAUCCAACAGGUUUUGGAUGUCUUCUGAUCAAGAAAUCAGUUAUGGCAAGCCUGCAGAAUCAGUCUGGGAGUACUGGCUCUGGAAUGGUUAAGAUUACUCCCGAAUUUCCAAUAUAUUUGGGUGAUUCAGUUGAUGGAUUGGAUGGAUUGGCUGGUAUUGAGGAUGAGGAAGUCAUUGCUGCUGGUGAUAAGACUUCUGAAACUCGUCAGGGCUCUCAAUUACCUGCCUUUUCUGGUGCAUUUACGUCUGCUCAGGUCAGAGAUGUAUUUGAGACUGAAAUGGAUCAAGACAGCUCGGAAAGAGAUGGAACUAGCACUAUAUUUGAAGAGACUGAAAGCAUAUCUGUUGGGGAGGUGAUGAAGAGUCCUGUCUUCAGUGAGGAUGAGUCAUCGGAAAAUUCAUUUUGGAUUGAUUUGGGUCAGAGUCCAGUUGGGUCUGAUGGUGUUGGUCAUUUAAAUAAACCGAGGAUGUCUUCUCCCUUACCAUCCAUGUGGUUUAAUGGGAGGAAGGCCCAGAAGCAACAUUCUCCAAAACCAACAUCCAAGAAAUAUGGAAGUCCUAUGUAUGAUGACAGAGAGGUAAAUCUAGGUCUUCAUGAUGAUCGCCAUGUAUUGUCAUUUGAUGCUGCUGUCCUAAUGUCACAAGAGCUAGACCGGGUCAAAGAAGUUCCGGAAGAAGAGCAGGAUGAAUCUAGUCACUAUUCUAGAAAUGGUAAUUCAUCAGACCAUUUAGAAGCCAAUGGAAUAUUGGAAGAACCUGGAACCAGUGAAGCAGCUCAAAAUGGAUCUGUUGCUUUGAAAGGAUCCUGGCUCAAUCAGCAUCAAAGCUUCGAGAACAGCUCUACGUCUGAAAUAUGUGCUGAUGUUAAAGAAAGUGCCAUAAGAAGGGAAACUGAAGGUGAAUUCAGGUUAUUGGGUAGGAGAGAAGGGAAUCGGUAUGGUGGUGGCAGGUUUUUUGGUUUGGAAGAGAAUGAACAUACCAGCAGGGGAAGAAGAGUAUCAUUUAGCAUGGAGGAUAAUCGUAAAGAGUACCUAAACCAGACCCUAGAGCCAGGGGACAUAUCUGCAGCUAGCUUGGAUGAUGAAGAGGCUGUCACAAGUGAUGGAGAGUAUGGUGAUGAGGAGGGUUGGGGCAGGAGGGAACCAGAGAUAGUAUGCCGGCAUAUAGAUCAUGUUAAUAUGCUUGGUCUCAACAAAACUACAUCCAGGCUUCGGUUUUUGAUAAAUUGGCUUGUGACCUCCUUAUUGCAGCUAAAGUUACCUGUUUCUGAUGGGGAUGAAAAAGUGAAUCUUGUCCACAUCUAUGGCCCUAAAAUAAAAUAUGAGAGGGGUGCAGCUGUGGCUUUCAAUGUCAGAGACAGAAGCAAGGGGCUGAUCAAUCCAGAGAUUGUCCAAAAGCUUGCUGAGAAUGAAGGGAUCUCUCUUGGUAUUGGUUUUCUCAGUCAUAUAAGGAUCCUUGAUGGCUCAAGACAGCAGCGGGUAUCCCUGAAUCUUGAAGAUACAACUCUUUGCAGGCCGAUGGAGAAUGGUCGACGUGAUGGAAAAGGCAGCUUUGUAAGGCUUGAAGUUGUGACAGCUUCACUGGGCUUUUUAACCAACUUUGAAGAUGUGUAUAAAUUGUGGGCUUUUGUGGCUAAGUUUCUUAACCCGGCAUUUAUCAGGGAAGGUGGUCUUCCAACUGUUGAAGAAGGGUAUGAGACAUAAGUUAGCAGUGACUUUAUCAGAUUCAGGAAACUGAAAUUGAACCUGAAACAUCUUUUAUUUGAAGAUCCCAACCGGGAGCAGCAGCUGGAAAAAUGAAUGUGAUCAUUUGUAUGCUCUGUCAAAAUGGACAGAUGUUCAUCUCUGCGUCGAAGUCAGAUGUGGCAAGCAGGUGGAUUUCUUGAUUUAUGUUUCUUGUUGCUUAGAUUUUUCAUUUUUCUGUCCCCUUUUUUUUAGCUUCUUGUAGAGUUGGCCUUAUCAGAUUUGUUACAUAUUGGGGAGCCAUGGUGUUGUUUGAAGCAAUAUUUUAUGGGUAGAAUCUCUAUUGUUUAAAAACUGUUCUUCUGUUGCAUACUCAACUUUUGUAAAAAGGGUAGUGUUCAUUUUAUGCUAUAGUUACAGAUCAUCAA